GGAUAAAAAGGACGCGAAGGAGCCAAUCCGAAUUGGGCACUUUCCCCACCACUAAUGAAGCACUUCGGUCCCACACAGCAUUUCGUUUUGGGGACAGUCAAUUCCUUCGCCGCCUCAUGUUGUCGAAGAGCAUUCAACGAUUGUCGCGAAGCUAUGCUUCCAAGGCGGCUCCUUCUUCCUCGUUCCCCGCGUACGUCUUGAACGCGCCCGCGACGGAAGUCACGACGUUGGCCAACGGCUUGCGCGUGGCGUCGGAAGGCGGCCACGGUGAAACUGCCACGGUCGGCGUGUGGAUUGGUGCCGGUUCCCGCUACGAGACGGAAGCCAAUAACGGUGCCGCACACUUCUUGGAACACAUGGCCUUCAAGGGCACGGCCAAGCGCACCCAGCAACAGUUGGAAGUCGAGAUUGAAAACAUGGGCGGCCACUUGAAUGCGUAUACUUCGCGCGAGCAAACCGUGUACUACGCCAAGGUGUUCAAGAAGGACGUGCCUCAAGCGUUGGACAUCUUGUCGGACAUCUUGCAAAACUCCAAGCUCGACGAAGCCGCCAUCGAGCGUGAACGCGACGUCAUUCUUCGCGAAAUGGAGGAAGUGAACAAGCAACAAGAAGAAGUGAUCUUCGACCGCCUUCACGAAACCGCGUUCCUCGGCAACGGCCUCGGUCGCACCAUCUUGGGCUCGGAAGCCAACGUGCGCAGCUUGUCCAAGGGCGACCUCCAAGACUACAUCGCCACCCACUACACCGCGCCCCGCAUGGUGAUUGCCGGUGCCGGUGCCGUCGACCACCAACAGUUGGUCGACUUGGCGCAGCAUUCGUUCGGUAACUUGCCGACGGAACCCCGAGUGCCCGUGCCUGCGUUCGAACCCGUCAAGUUUGUCGGGUCAGACAUUCGCAUUCGUGACGACGACCUUCCGUUGGCUCACGUGGCCAUUGGCUUUGAAUCGUACGGAUGGACCUCGGAGAACUCGUUCCCGUUGUUGGUCAUGCAAACCUUGCUUGGCAGCUGGGACCGCACGUCGAGCGCGGGCCUGAACGCGUCGUCCAAGUUGAGCCAAGUGGUGGCCGAGCAGGAGCUGGCGCACUCGUUCAUGACGUUCAACACGUCUUACCAAGACACGGGCAUCUUCGGCGUGUAUGCCGUCGCGGACAAGUACAAGCUGAACGACUUGACGUGGUACGUGAUGGAAGCGUUGGUCCGCCUCGUGCACAAGACCACGGACGACGAAGUCGAGCGCGCCAAGACCCAGCUCAAGGCGUCGAUCCUCAUGCAGUUGGACGGGUCCUCCCCCGUCUGCGAAGACAUUGGCCGCCAGCUGUUGGUGUACGGACGCCGCUUGACGCCCGCCGAGAUCUUUGCGCGCAUCGACGCCGUCGACGCCGCCGCGGUUCGCAAGACUGCUGACGACGUGAUCAACGACAAGGAACAUGCGCUGGCCGCCGUGGGUCCCAUCCACGAGUUGCCCGACUACAACUUUAUCCGUCGCCGCUCGUACUGGGUGUCGCGUUAAGUACCAACGCCGUCCAUGUAUGUCGACCACGUACCGCGAUAUAAAGAAAUUAAAUCAACACACCCCCAAACGUCA